UAGAAAUUUGGUUCAAGAGAGAGAAGCCAAUUUGCUUAAUCAUUAUCACCUUCUCUUCUUCUUCUUCUUCUUCUUCUUCUCUGAUAUAAGCAUUGCUGUUUUCUUAAUUAGCACCCAUCUCAGCAGAAAUGGGAAAGGUUGGUACGAGGUUGCCAAGUUUCUGUCUGAACAGGAUCAGGCCUCAUGUUAGAGUCCGUUCGCCACCUUUGCAAUCCAAGCUUAAUGUGAAUAUUUCUACUGCUAAAGAUGAUCAGAAGGUUACUACUGAGAAUCCUGCAGGAGAAGAGAAGUCCUGUGAGGGGGCAGUGAAACCGUUGAUUGGUAGGAAAAUCAUGAUAGUGGUUGAUUCAAGCUUGGAAGCUAAAGGAGCUCUGCAAUGGGCACUCUCUCACACUGUUCAAAGCCAGGAUCUUCUCAUUCUUCUUCAUGUAGCCAAGCCAUCUAAUAAACAAGCUACAACCGAUGAGUCCAUCAAGGAAAAAGCUCCAAGGGCUUAUGAACUUGUUAACUCCUUGAAGAAUAUAUGCCAAAUGAAGAGACCUGAGAUACAAACAGAGAUAGCAGUGGUGGAGGGGAAGGAGAAAGGGCCAUUAAUAGUGGAGGAGGCAAAAAAGCAAGGGGUGGCACUUCUAGUUCUAGGGCAGAAGAAGAAAUCAAUGACAUGGAGGCUGAUAAUGAUGUGGGCAAGCAAUAGAGUCACAGGUGGUGUUGUGGAAUAUUGCAUCCAAAAUGCUAAUUGCAUGGCCAUUGCAGUCAGGAGGAAAAGCAAAAAACAUGGAGGUUAUUUGAUCACCACUAAGCGUCAUAAAGAUUUCUGGCUCUUAGCUUAAACACCCAUUUAUUAAUUUAUUAAAAUUUUAUUUAUUUUCAUGGCUUGGAAAUCCUGUUGUUUGCUUUUUUUGUUUUUUAAUUGGUUAGAUUGCUUUUGUAAAUGAUAAAAGUGUAGUGAGAAAUGAAAAGGGAAUUGGGUUGUGAAUGAAAAAGGUAGUGUGUCAUUAUUUAGAGCAUUUGGUACUGUGGUUAAGGAAGAGACAAUAGGACCCAUUUCACCCCUUUACUGUCUCUUCCGUGUGCUGUAUGUCUAAUGUACUAUGUAAUUUUUCUGACUCAAAAAUUAUAUAAUUUGACGAUAUGAGAUUUAGAAAGAAAA